CGCCCCUCUCCGCGCCGCUCCCCUCCUCCUGGUGCGGCUCUCACUUCAGGGAAACGCUCUCAGGAGGUGGCAGCACUUUUUUUACUUUUUAGCUUUGGUUCAUCUAAGCCCAGAGUCUUGUCUUCUCUUGUCCGGGGGAUCGGCUCCACUCCCAGGGUCAGACAUGGCGGACACCGGAGGUGCAAGUGCAUACGGAGCCGCGCUAGCUGGCGCAGGCUUCGACUUCUACAAGUUCAUCCGACAGCCGCAAACUAUCGUGCGGGUCCUCAGCUGGGUGUUUGCCCUGGUGGUGUUCGCCUGCAUCACCACGGAGGGGUACGUCAACCCUCCCAGCAGCGCCCAGGCAAAGUGCAUCUUCAACCACAGCGACUCAGCGUGUCAGUAUGCCGUGGGGAUCGGGGUGAUCGCCUUCCUGGCCUGCGUGGCCUUUCUCAUGCUGGAUGUUUACGUUCCCUUUAUGAGCAACGCCCAGGACAGGAAGUACAUCGUCAUGGCGGACCUUGGAUUCUCAGGGGCGUGGACCUUCCUGUGGUUUGUGUGUUUCUGCGUUUUGACUAGUGAGUGGUCUCGCACUCUUGAUGUCAUUGCGAUCCCCGAGGACGCUGCGCGCGCCACCAUUGCCUUCUCGUUCUUCUCCAUCGCCACAUGGGGAAUCCUGACCUACUUCGCCCUGGGCCGUUUCCGUCGGGGCGUGGACGACGUCAGCAUUCCCACCUACACGGAGCCAGACCCGGAAAUCCACACCCCGUACCCCCCCACCUACGCUCCCACCACCUACACCCCCACCACCUACACCUACCCCAGCAACGUGCCCGAGUCCCAGAAGCAGCCCCCCUUCACCUCAAACCUCCCGCCGCAGAGCGACACCAGCUACCUACCGCCCAAAUACUGACGCAGUGGAGGGGGCGAGGGAGAGGGGGGUCUGGACGGAUGACGCGGCGCUGCUGAGCGGCAGAGCUCUAUCGUAUCGAUGCGGUUUUACAUUCAAGUCAACACACUGUUCAAAGAGUCUGGGGACGACGAGCGAACGCUGUUUACGCCGACGGGCCUGAGAUCGGAUCUGAAGACACUGAAAGAGRCUUGAGCAAUGUGACCUUUGACCUGUGUGCAAAAGCAACAUUUACCUCAGACGAGCUGAACCUGCAGGGGAGAGGGGCGUUGCAGUGAAAACAGUCCUGCAGAGGAGCAACAAUCAGUGUGGAAGAGGCCAAACGUGUAUUUCUCUUUGUUCUGAAGACGGGACGGUGACGUGCCACGUUGUUUUGAUUUUCAGGAUUUUUUAGUUUUUUCUGUUCUGUUUCUUUAAAUGGCUCAAAAAGCUACAGUGAUAUAAUUUACCAAAUGGGUUACAAGGUUUGUGGAGGAAAAAAAAACAAACUAAUUUAAGUUAUAUUUUAUAAUUAUGGAUUCUGUAAAAGUAACACAAAUCCUGUGAUAAGUAAUCAGAAAAGGUUUUCCUUUCCUUUGCUGCUUAAACUCAUUAAAGCCAUAAUGACUGAGCAUUUCCACCAGACUGACUGUACUAACUGUAACAGACGUGUGCUGGUUUGAAAAGGUUUACAUGUGUUGAACUGACCUUUGAACUCGCAGCUAACUUUCUGAUGGAGAGGGAGGAGCUUGGAGAUAAUGCAGCACCUAUUGAACGAGUCUGUCCACUGAAUGUUUUCUUCUUCUCUCUCUUGUGCAGCAUUUCUUCCUCCAACCGCCCAAAAGCAGAGCAAAAGCACCCUUCCUUGGUUAAACACUUGACAUUUUUAGUUUUCUGAGAUAUGACGGGCUUCUUUAGUUAACAGGCUUCAAAGGUACAACUUAAGAUCACUAAAAACUGCUCUCUGAGCUUGCAGUUAAUUUGCCCCGUCGGUUCUUUCUGGCGCAGAUCAGAGAGCAGUUUUGGUUCGUUGUGUGAGCUGAAUUUAGACCUUUGAAUAGAUUGCUUUUCUUGAGUCAUUUGUGAAAACGUUGUAGUGUGACGUCUGUCGUUUUUCAUGCAAAAUGUGCAUAAAUGGUUCAGAGAAAAAGGAAGAGAAGACUUCGCUUGCACUGAGAAUUGACUUGCGACAUCAUUCUGGUGGUUAAAGACGACAGAUCCAGGAGAGUUCCUCUGCUUUAAAAAUCGCUUACAGCACCUUGCAGAGAUUUUCAUACAUCCCAUUAAAUCUCGCUAAUAUACUCUGGAGUUUGUGGUUGUAAUGUAUAGGAGGAUCGCAACUAAGCUGGUUUGGGAACCGAAGAGUUUAAAAUGUGAUUAAAUCUUGUAAUAUUUUUGAGCUGUAACAGCUGUGUCACAGCUGUAACAGCUGUGUCACAGUUGUUACUGCUGUGACACUAGAGACAAAAUCUAGUUCUUGGAUCUGUGCAUAAAGUUGAACUGUGACAUCUGAAGCAGAUUCUUUUAAUUUCUCACUGUAAACAGCUUGUUUUUGUUUUGUUUUUUCCCCCCAAAAGUGCCGCAAAUGAUGUGGGCCUAAAAGUGAUGUGGCCAAGGAUUUGUGAUUUACUGAAUAAUUGUAGCAAAUGAGCUCUGAAAUAUGUGUAAAUAAUGUGCACCUUGUUUGAUUCUUGCUUUAAAAUAAUAAACGGUUAAUGAAUGGGGAAAAACAUCGA